GCAAGAAUUAAACAUAAGCUUUCUCUGAAUCAGAGGAUUAUAUCCCAAGACAGCCUUACUAAACUUAUCUGCACAGCACAGUUUUGCUCUGUUUGGGUUGCUGCAUGGUUGGGAUGGGUGUUUUGUCUUAGCUUGCUGGUUUUGUAGUCUCAAUUUGUUACUUAUUGCUGUCAUAGUAUUAUAAUUUGCAGAUGCACCUUUGUACUCCCCCUAUUUAUCCAAAUCACUCAGCAAGUGAUAAAGGCAUAUGGUAGGCCCACUAUAGCUCAAGAUCAAGCAUAGUGAGGAGAUGGUGUGAAGAGGCAAGCUGGACCAACAAAGAGAAGGUGUUCAUGGAUUCUACAGCCAGCAAUCCAAAGGGAAAAAGAAUGUCUGUCAAGGGUGCAGACUGAGAAAGGAAGAAAACUCAUAGCAUGCAUCAAGUCAUGUUCACUGAAUCUUAUCUAUGACCCUAAGGAAGCUGCAGAUUCAAAGAAGAAAACUGAGCAACUUACGGGAAAGCUCAGCAAAGCUCCAAAAAUUUGUUAAAGUAGCGAAUCUAAGCAAGAUGAAGCUGCAGUAUUGAAGGAGGAGCUGAUCUGCUAAAGGAGAUGGCUUUAGCAGCAACAACAAAUCAAAACCAAAGCAUAAAGAACUACAAAUGGCAGAUUCCAAAUGCUUAGGUCAAUUUCUUGUUUCCUGCAGCUUUAACACCAAGGAGGAGUGUUGGAGUUGUGGUGUGAAAGCUGCACCAAGAGCAGCAGAGCUGCACCAAGAGCAGCAAAUGAAAAGAAAGCUGCACAAAUGGCAGCAAAAUGAAAUGAAGGGAGAGCUGCACCAAGAGCAGCAGCAAAGUGCAGCAAACGAAGCUGCAAAUGUUGAUGAAAUGAGGCUGAAAUGAACAGCAAAUGAAAGGCUGCAAAGUAGCAGCAAAGCACAGCACAUGGAGCCGCACAAAUGGCAGCAAAUCUUUGAAAGUAAUCUUGCAUUAAAUGUUUAGUAGAUUU